AUGUCUUCACACGCUACCUUGAGCGCUGCAUCAGACGAUCGAAAGGCCAGACUCGCCAAGCUCAAGAACCUCAAGCGAAAGCAACCAGGCGAUGAAAUUGUUGCGCCAGAAUCAGAACGAGAGGCAUCACUUCCCGCAGAGCCCGAUGUCUCGAGGCUACACGUGUCUGGCCGCAACUAUGACCCCGAGACAAGAGGCCCAAAACUCGGCUUCGAGCAGGACCCGACAAUCAACCUCGACAAGCCCACCCUUGAAGAGCAGGCUGCUGAAGUGGAAGCCGAGAUCAAGCAAAAGGCGGCAGAAGAAGCCCAGGACGACAAGGGUGUCGAUCUAUUUAAACUGCAACCAAAGAAGCCGAAUUGGGAUCUGAAGAGGGAACUCGAUAAGAAGAUGGAGGUCCUCAAUGUUCGAACAGACAACGCUAUUGCCCGGCUAGUGCGCGAUCGCAUUACGGGUGCGCAAAAAGCCGCUGCGAAGAAUGACGCCGUCAAUGAUGCUCAAGGCACUGGAGAGGCGACUGGUAUGGAUGGUGUGGCAUUGGUGGAAGGUCUGAGAGUUAGGGAAAAGGAGGAGGAGGAAGAGGAACGUCGCGAAAAGGAAGAGGAGGCUGCACUAGGUGCAUAA